ACGUAUUCCUGUAACAAGCUGUGCAUUAAUUGGCACUUGGGCAGAGUCCGGGAGUGAAUGUGCGUAGUGUGAGGUGGAGUGUCCAUGGUGUGUAGGAUAAAUCUAUUGUAACAGUGUGAGCAAUGUUAAAGGAUCACGGAAUGCUGAGUUUCAAACUCUAAGCUGGCUCGGGUGAUCUGGUAUGACCCUAACUUCUGUUCCUUAUUGGGAAUGGUAUGGAGAGUGCUAUCACACUGUGGCAGUUUCUGUUGCAAUUGCUUCUCGAUCAAAAACAUGAACACCUCAUCUGUUGGACUUCAAACGAUGGUGAAUUCAAGCUGCUCAAAGCCGAAGAAGUGGCCAAACUCUGGGGUCUACGGAAGAAUAAAACUAACAUGAACUAUGACAAGCUGAGCCGGGCCCUCCGGUACUAUUACGAUAAGAACAUUAUCAAAAAGGUCAUUGGACAGAAGUUUGUCUACAAGUUUGUCUCCUUCCCCGAGAUACUGAAAAUGGACCCACAUGCGGUGGAAGUCAGUAGGGAGAGUUUGUUGCUGCAGGACAGUGAUUGCAAGAUCCCUUCUGAUAUUCGAGAGAGACACAAGCAAACUUUGUCAGCAUUAAAAAGUGCCACUCGGAACGAAUAUAUCCACUCAGGCUUAUAUUCAUCAUUUACUAUAAAUUCGCUGCAAAAUCAGACAGGCAGCUACAAAGCUAUAAAAAAUGAAAAUCUCCAAGAGCAGGAGGAUGAGGGAGAGGACGAAGAAGAAGAUGAAGAAGAAAAACCAUUGGUCAGGAGCCCUGUGGAGGAAGUCAGAACUGUUAUAAGAUUUGUUACAAAUAAAACAGACAAGCAAGCCAUCCGGCCUGUAGUUUCCCUUCCAUCUACGUCAGAAUCAACAGCUGCAUCAGCUUUUUUAACAUCCUCUUUGUCCGCCAGAGGACCUUCGGAUAGAUCAAACAGAGCUAGUGUGUCUUCUUUGUCUCCAUGCUCCUCCCGAUCCCCAUCUCUGUCCCCUCAUCUGUCCUUUCCGACGGAGCAGAGGGGUAUGUUCCUUGAUUACCCCUGCCACAACAUAGACACCAUGGAACCAUUAAAUCUCUCAGCAGGAUCUAAGAUGAAGCUAUCCUGCCAUCCUCCCAAAGCCAAGAAGCCAAAAGGCCUAGAGAUCUGCUCUCCACCUCUUCUUCUUUCAAGUAGCGAUAUUGGAUCAAUCGCUCUCAACAGCCCGGCGCUCCCCUCUGGAUCGCUGACUCCAGCCUUUUUCACUGCUCAGACACCAAAUGGAUUAUUGCUAACCCCAAGCCCACUCUUGUCCAGCAUCCACUUCUGGAGCAGUCUGAGUCCUGUUCCUCCUCUAAGUCCUGCCCGGCUGCAAGGACCAAAUACCUUGUUCCAGUUUCCAAACUUAUUGAACGGGCAUUUGCCACUUCAGAUGCAAGGACUCGAUAGAGCUUCGUCCCCAGUGCUGCUAUCGUCUAACACCCAGAAAUCUUGAUGUAUUUUGCACUUGCUAUGGACAUCUUUAUUAAAUGAUUUAAUAACUCUUUAUUAUAACACCUCUGGUGUCCAGGAAUAUUUUCAGAACAAUCUCCAUGGGCGUCUCAGUGUUUACAUCAUGUUACCCAUCCCACCAUCGAACGGUUCUUUUAGCAUUGUAGAGAAUUUAAUGUGUAUAAUACGUUUUGUAUGGAUUUGUUAUUCCAAAGUGUUGAGCACUGUUGAAUUCUCUUUCAAAGAUUCCCAUCUCAAACGAUGCAUUGAAUGAAUGCAAGCCCUCGUACAAUGCAUUAAAAGGAUGCAAUCCCUCUUUUCCUUCUUAUAUUAUUAUGCACUUGAGCUUAUGUACACUAUAACCGGCUGUGCCUUCUUUUGCAUAAUGUUUUUAUUUUAUGUUUUUUGUAAAUUGUUUAUAUAUUUCUUGCAUUAUGGGAAAAAAAAACUUAGUAAUAGAUACCUCUUUGAUAGAAUUUCUAAACCUCCAUUCCCAACCAUGUAUUCUAAGCAGUGUUUGUAUUGUAUUUAGAGCUUUUUAAUGUAUAAUGAGAUAUGGCCUUAUAUCAGGGAUACUUUAUUCCAGCCCUCGAUAGGAUGAAACACAAGAUUAUAAAUAAUAAUCAGAACUUCAGUCAUUUGGUUCAUUCACUAAACUUUAAACUAUAUGGAAAUAAAAUCUGGAUGACAAAA